CUUAGAAAAUCGUAACCCCGGCCGCUAUCUUAAAUUUUGUAACUUCCCAUUCUUUUCUCCAUUUUACUUUGUCAUCGAUUCUUAUAUCUCGUGGAUGCAUAUUUCCACGCUCCUUUCAAUGACAUGUAUACAGUGCACUGCACUUUAGAUCAAAAUGAACGGUGUUUCGACUUUGCUCCAUCCCUCACAAUAUAUAACACAACUUCUGUUCUAGUGUAGUUCGUGAUUUUUUGUGGGGAUUAAAUUAUAGGCAAGCAGCAGAAAUGAGAAUGAAUAGGGAACUCUUCGAGGCAUUGGAAAGUGGUGAUGUCGCUAACAUUCAAAGAUUACACAGGCAGAACUCGCAUGUUUUGCUUGAAGUUACAUUCCAGGGAGAUACUUCUCUGCACAUUGCUGCAAGGGAAGGUCAUCUGCCCAUCGUUGAGUGGAUUCUUCGAGUGAAACCCUCUUUGGCUGGAGCCCGAAACAAAGAUCGCAAUACGCCACUACAUGAAGCUGCUAAAUGCGGCAAUCGAGAGCUAGUCAGAAUUCUCCUCCUACGCAAAACUAAUUCUGCCUACUAUUGCAAUAUGUUUGGAGAGACGGCUCUGAUAAUAGCUUGCAGGUAUGGCCAUGUGGAAACAGUUAGGCUUUUGUUGGAAACCAGGUCAUAUAACGACUUAGGGGAAAUGCGUCGUUCGUUUCGAGUGGCAGCUCACGGAAGAUAUCCAGAUGUAGCGAAAGCCAUACUUCAAAAUCCCAUCAAACCCCAGCUGUUCCGUCGUCUGCGACUUGUUUUACGUGAAUGGGAUACAUAUGAAGAUGUAGCGAAGAACGUGCUUCAUAAAUUCACCGAACUCCGUCGUCGAACUACCAUAUUUCAUAAUCUAUAUGACGCCGUCCAUGGAGGACAUCCGGAGAUUGUAGAGGCAGUGCUAAAUUCUCCUGCGUGGAAAGACCAUUUAAUGACGAAGGAGGACAUACCUGGAACGUGGACGUGUGCAAUACAUGAGGCAGCCAUUCUAGGCCGUUGGGACAUAAUCAACGAGUUUAUGUCCAGGUGGCCACACUGUGUCGAAAUCCGGAGUUCAGAUCAUAAGUCUGUUUUACACUUUGCGGUGGAAUAUAAUCAGUUUGAGAUUGUGCGCAAUCUGCUAUUAAUCAAAUCGCCUCGAAAAGUCAUAGAUUGGGUGAGCCGGGACCAUGACUGCUUUUAUAAUACAUCGUUACAUUUGGCAGCAAAAAAUGGAGUGGAUCCCCAGGUUUGACAUCCUUAGUAUAAUCUAUUGUUUUCUGUGCUGAUCGUCCGUGUGUAGACUACAUUAAUUUAUGUAGGCUUUCAUCCCUGUUUUCAUGAAAAUCUUUGCUUCCUAAUUGAAUAGAGAACUUAGGUUACAUA